CUGCCACCAUCACUUACAUCGCUCAAGUUUAACAAUGGUUACCAUCACGUGAUCAACAUUGGAGUGCUCCCAAACAAUCUCAACACAUUGACCUUCAAGGGUGGACAUGUUCAAGAGAUCAUUCCCGGUGCUUUACCAGAUACACUCGAGACACUGGUGAUUGAAAGAGGCUUACUUCAACUUUUCAAAGUUGGUUCCCUUCCUCAAUCACUCACAGUAUUGAACCUUGAGAAUUCAAGCUACGACCAAUCGUUUGCACCUGGUGUGUUGCCAACCGGUCUACAGAGGUUGGUCCUCACACAGGUAUUCGUUCAACCUUUGCUACCUGGUCAUCUUCCCUCAUCAUUAAAAUCGUUAGAUCUUGGCAGGGAUUACAACCAUCCAUUGACAGUUGGUACUCUCCCCAACUCGCUGACUAAGUUGGUGAUUGGACCAGGAUUCAAACAGGCACUCGAGGUUGGCUCACUGCCCGACUCAUUGGUCGAGUUGGUGAUAUUGGCAAUGUCAUUUCAAUCCCUGGUCGUUGGCUCACUUCCAUCCUCACUCAAAAGAUUAUCUCUUUCUCCUUAUUUUAAUCUAUCAAUCCCAGUUGGAUUUAUUCCAGAUUCAUUGGAGGAGUUGAAGUUUGAGAAGAUGAUCUAUUUUCGUGGGCGUUCUCUUAGAUCAUUCAAUCAGAGUAUCAUCCCAGGCAGUCUGCCAUCAUCACUCUUGACGUUGGUGUUUCACUGUGAAUCAUUUAAUCAACCGAUUCUACCAGGACAGCUACCCAUAUCAAUGACCUCCUUGACCUUAUCACGACUCUUCAAUCAAGAACUAACAAUUGGAACACUGCCUGAAUCGCUCAUAUCAUUGACCUUUGGAGAUUCGUUCAACCGCCCAAUACCUAUCAAUGUGUUACCUUCAUCUUUGACCACAUUGGCACUUGGUUCAAAACAAAAGUACUCAAUCAAAUGUCCAGACAUCAAACAUCUCCAAGUCCGCCGUUUCCAUCAACUUAAAUUGGUCAAGACAGGUAGUCCAAUCCCAUCACUCACAGUGGACAAUGUGAGCACUAAUGUUAGAAAGGAGACACUACCAUUGUUCGAACGUCACUUGACUACUCUGACCAUUAAGGCACAUACACCCUCCACUGCAUCCAGUUUGAUCGAUCGACGUCGAGCAUUUUUCCUAAAGUCAAUCAUUCAUUCAUUUCCAAACGCGGACACGUACCACAUUAGUGAUGAUAACAGCUGGAGUGCAUCAAUACGCAAGAUUGAUCGAUGGCAUGCCAUUAUGAUACUCAAAGAAGUGUUGGAUUCAUAUUCCUCAGGUAAAAAGGUACAACCUUUUCGACAAACUAUACAUUACUUCACGUUGGACUCGGCAGCUGGGUUAGUCAUACAGUUGGAAGAUAUUAACAAGAGAUUGAAACAAGACAAUGAUCAUCUAUUACAAUGUGGAAAGGAGAUCAACAAGUUGAAGGAGGAGAAUAAGCAAACCAAAACUCGUCUGUACGAGCUUGGUGAAGGAGUAGCGGAUUCCAAAAGCACAAGAAGAAGG